UCCUUGUGCUCACAGUGCUGUUCCCUGCCUUUCAGAUUGGGCUUCAGAGCAUGUUGGCGUCGCUGGACACGAUGGCCUACGUGACGGAGAUGGGCAUGAGUGGCCGUCGGCCCGCCUGGGGCGGAGAGGCGUCCACCUCCUCCGAGGUGGACCUGGAGGUCAUCGAGGAGUACCUGCAGGAGCACUGUCGGGAGGUCCAGCCCGCACACUCGCCCGCCCCGCCACCCAUCGCCGUGGCGCAGCUCGCACACACACACUCCCACCACGACUCGCAGAUCAUAGAGAACAGCUGGUCUGGUCAGUAUGCAUAUGAAUGGCGCUAUGGCUCUCAUACUCCAAAUGAGGACUGUGAAGACCAGGCACCUCCAAACUGGCCUAGUCCUCAUGACAACCGCUGGGACCACAGCGCGUACUCUUAUGAGGCGACGACAUGUAGUGAAUCCGACUCCCAAUCCGUAAGCUCACAGUAUCAGGAGUACACCCACCCGUCGUCACCCCCCGCUGACAGGAGGAGCGGGAGCGACAGUGACUCCCUGCCACUCGUCCCCCUCUCAGGAAAGAGGAAGGAGCGGUUGUUCCAGUUCCUGUUCGAGAUGCUCCAGACGCCGUCCAUGCGAAGCUGCAUCUGGUGGGUUCAGUCGUCUUCCGGUAUCUUCCAGUUCUCCUCGCAGAACAAGGAGCGCCUGGCGCAGCUCUGGGGCCGCCGCAAGGGCAACCGCAAGACCAUGACCUACCAGAAGAUGGCGCGGGCGCUGAGGAACUACGCCCGCACCGGCGAGAUCUGCAAGGUGAAGCGGAAGCUGACCUACCAGUUCAACGAGACCACGCUGAGGGGUCUGCAGGGGGACUCGCGCGCCGCAUAG